AUGCAGAAUCCCCCUGAUCUCUUUCGAGAGUCUGCACAACAUUUUAAGUCUAGUACCUUUGGUCCAAUAGAUGAUUCCUUGUGUGAUUCUGUGUGUAAAAUAGGCUACUUUCCAUGUGGAAACCUCACAAUAUGCCUUCCCCGGGCUUUUCAUUGCGAUGGUGUAAAGGAUUGUGAAAAUGGUGCGGAUGAAGACUACUGUGGAGACAACAAUGGAUGGCCAAAUAUGUUCGAUGAAGUGCAUUCGAAGGCAAAUGACGUGAUAGAUCUCCAGGAAUGCUGUCUCACCCAGUUCCCAGACAUUUGUGAGUGCAAAGACACUGAGCUCGAGUGUGUAGAGGCCAAUUUAGAAGCAGUCCCGUACGUGUCAAGCAAUGUAACACUUUUAUCACUCAAAAGAAACAAUAUACAUUCACUUCCAGAUAAUGCCUUCAUAAAUUAUAAAGACCUGACAAAUCUAUUUCUCCAGAACAACUGUUUGAAGAAUAUAUCACAGAAAGCCUUUUUUGGCUUGUAUCAGCUACAGAAACUAUAUCUCAGUAACAACUGUAUCAUGUACUUGCAUCAAGGAGUUUUUAGCCACUUACGUGAAUUGCGAUGGCUGAUUCUAGAUGAAAAUCCCAUUGUACAAAUUACUCAGGAGCUGUUCACUGGGCUACAGUCACUGUUUUUCUUGUCAAUGAUAAAUAACUCAUUAGAAGCUCUUCCACAGAAGUUAUGUGCCCAGAUGCCAUACAUCAACUGGAUAGAUUUUGAAGGGAACAAAAUUGGUUCACUGAACAAUUCAAGCUUUGCCACGUGCGAUGAGCUCACGGUCCUGUUUCUACGUGGAAACAGAAUAAAAUUGGUUAAAGAAAACAUCUUUGCAUCUUUGAGGAGUUUAGCAGAAAUAGAUUUGUCCAAUAAUCUAAUCACAGAAGUGCCGCUCUCCAGUUUUAAAGAGCUUAAACACUUGCAAAAACUUAAUCUCAGUUGUAAUCCACUAUCACUCCAUACUGAUCAGUUUGAAACAUUACCACAUCUUCAAUCAUUAUCAGUGGAAAAAAUUGAAAUUCCCAAUAUAAGCACAAAAAUGUUUCAGCCGAUGAAGAAUCUUUCUCAUAUAUACUUUAAAAAAUUCCGCUAUUGUUCUUAUGCGCCUCACGUGCGGGUAUGUACGCCACUUACAGAUGGGAUAUCAUCAUUUGAAAACCUUCUGGCAAACACCAUCCUUCGCGUAUUUGUCUGGGUAAUAGCCUGCAUCACUUGUUUCGGAAAUAUCUUUGUUAUAGGAAUGAGAUCAUUUAUUCAGUCAGAGAACAAGACGCAUACGAUGUCUAUCAAGAUUUUAUGCUGUGCUGAUUGCCUGAUGGGAGUUUAUCUCUUCUUUAUUGGGAUAUUUGAUGUCAAAUAUCGAGGGCAAUACAAAAAAUAUGCACUCAUAUGGAUGGAAAGCCUGCAAUGCAGAAGCCUUGGAUUCCUAGCCAUGUUGUCCACAGAAGUAUCUGUUCUGCUGCUGACAUAUUUGACAUUGGAGAAGUACCUGGCCAUUGUAUUUCCAUUCAGCAACAUUCGGCCGGGCAGGCGUCAGACUCUUGCGACACUGAUGACAAUCUGGGUGAUUGGAUUUAUAAUAGCUGUGAUACCAUUUUGGAACGAUGAUUUUUUUGGAAAUUACUAUGGGAAAAAUGGGGUGUGCUUCCCACUGUAUGCUGAUCAAACGGAAGAGUCUGGAAGCAAAGGCUACUCACUGGCCAUAUUUUUGGGUGUAAAUCUUGUGGCUUUCAUCAUUAUCGUGUUUUCUUAUGUCAGUAUGUUCUGCUCAAUACAGAAGACGGCUCUGCAGACUUCAGACCUCAAGAGUCAUAUCCACAUGGAUGUUGCUGUUGCCAACAGAUUUUUUUUCAUAGUUUUUUCAGAUGCCGUGUGCUGGAUUCCUGUAUUCCUUCUCAAAAUCCUCUCUCUAUUUCGGGUAGAAAUUCCCGGCACUGUGACCUCAUGGAUUGUCAUAUUUAUUCUCCCCAUAAACAGUGCCUUAAACCCCAUCCUAUACACAUUGACUACAAGCUUCUUCAAAGAAAAACUUAAACAGCUUCUGCAUAGACAACGCAGAAGAUCAAUAUUCAGGAAUGACCGUAAAAGUUUAUCCACCUCACUGGUAUGGACAGAGGACCCCGCUGUCCAACAUUCUUCUCUAAAACUUGGCUUCCUCCAUAAAAAGUCUCUUGAGGAAACAAAUGACAGAACGACAUGAUGGAAGAUGGAACCUAACAAGAACCGAUGCCUCAAAAAUAUGCACCUACCUGCAUCUCUUCUGUGAGAUGGAUCUAUACCAUGAAUGUUGUGGGAAACAUUUGUGUGUCCAACUGUAGCUCUGAAGGAGAUGAAGACAGAAGACAAAGAUCACAAGACUGCCAUGACCAUAUUGAAGAUUGACCAUAAUGGAACCAUUGAGAUCUCACCUUUACAUAAAACAACCAAUAAGUACUCUUUGUGUCCUAUCUCAUUUGGGCCUUAUGCUGAUUAUUGCAAUUUACUCACUGUUGUCACUACAGUGGAGGAUUCUCAAUGUGUAGGCGUUAAGACUGAACGGCAUACUAUGCGAUGACUCUUUAUACUCUCCUUAUAGGAGAACCUGCUUUUUAUUUAGAGACAUAAGCAUUGAUGGCUUUUCUACACAGAGCUAUUUCUAUAUAUUCCAUUCCUACAUUUUUUUAUUUAGAAGAAAACACUUUUACAUUGUUUUAUACAUUUGAAAAUAAUUGAGAACUAUGUGCAGCAUAACAGAGGAAGGAGAUUUUACUGUAGUUCUACAUAGGUGACUGCUUAACAUAACCAGGCACCGAUGGCUCUCAGGAUACAAUUUCUAUUUGACCAACAGACAUGUUCUCAUGUAUACGUGUUAAUCUUUGGGUGUCUACCAUAGUUUAAAGAGGCAGAAUUACAUUUACAAUAUUCACCUGUACCCCAGGGUCAUAACUUUAGGGCAUGAAGUGGGGCCCUGGAGCUUGAUGGAGCUUAAUCCCUCUGAACAUUAUAGAUGGUACCCUUUUCUAGAUCUUGCAUUAAGCUCCAGAAAUUUCCAGUUAACCACCUGGUUCCCCCUCCAUAAAAUCCCACUGAUGUGUUAUCAAGUAUAUAGGAAAUUAACUGUCACUUUCAUUUCACUCUUAAGCAACAACGAGUCUGAAUCCGCCUCCUCGCCUUCACUGUGCAUCCACUAGUAUUAGAUUGCAUGGUACAGAAUGGAAUAAAGUCAAUCGUCGCUCUGCCCACUACAAUGUU